AUUAUCGUUAUUUAGUUCGUGGUAUUGCAGAAGCCAGCACGUGCUUGUGCCUCAGAAUAGUGCUGCAAAAUGGCAACUACACAAUCGCCUCCUUUAUUGUGCGUUCCACGAGUUGAAUGUGCUAUGUGUAAAGUGGUAGGAGCGAAAUUUGUAUGUGCUACUUGCGGCACUUUUUACUGCAAUGUACCAUGCCAAGUUAAGCACUGGCCAACGCAUAGAAGUUUAUGUAUGCCUCGACUGCUGAUGGCAACCUCGAUAUUGGGAACGUCUAUUUGUCUAGAUCAACAUGCAUCGCCGGUAAUGCCAAUUCCGCCCAGCAUAUCCAACGAGAAGAUGAAUCCCCCAAGCAUGCGAGCACCGAAUUCCCUUAACGUGGUACCAAGUUUACCUACUGUGCCAGUUCGAAAUGAUGUGGUCAACAACAAAAAGCCGGCAAAUUCUAAGAACAAAGAGAACAUCGGCUCACAGCAGACGGUUGUAGCGAGCAGUGCUACUACUAUGGCCAAACCGCUGUCUAAUGAAGGCAAAGCGAUUCAACAGAAAGAGCAACAGCCUGCCAUGAAGAGUGCGAAAGAUGCAAAUACCAAAAGUUCGACUGUCGUUGCCGAACAGAAAGUGGAAAAGAAUGGCCAGAAAGCUGUCGGUGCUGUCAUGGAAAAAUCAUCAUCGCUUAUGGAUAAACCAAAACAAAAGAAGACCGAACCCGUUUCUAAGCAUGCGAACGAGAUUAAUGCUAAAAGUACUACUGCCGUUUGCGAACAAAAGGUAGAAAAGAAUGGCCAAAAAGCAGACGGUUUUGUCACGCCAAAACCAUCAUCGAACAUCUUAAAGCCAAAACAGCAGAAGGAGGUGCCUGUCGUUGAGAAUGUGAACAGUACAAACACCAAGAUGUCUUCAAGCGAUGGCGCGCGUAAAGAAAGCACUGUCAAGAAUGAACCAGGCAAGCUUCUGCAAUAUGGCGCUUUCCCAGAACCGGGCAGUAAGGUAAAAAUAUCGUACGUAGCGGAUGAUAAGAUAUACAUAUACGAAACUGGACCCGGACCCAACGGUGAAAGGAACGCCGUUGAAAUGCUGUUUAUUCGCGCGUUGGAAUGUGCUCGAAGCGUAAAAAGCCACCUUUCGGUACCGCCGCUAGUGCACGAUAUCGUGUUCGCGGGAUACGAUGGUGAAUAUUACCGAGCCAUGGUAAAAUCGGUUGAAAACAAUAUGGCCGAGGUGUUCUAUCCGGACUUCGGUAACUCCCAAAUGGUACAAUGGAACACAUUGAAAGAAAUUCCGGAUCCAAAGAUUAAGUAUGCCAACUGUUUGACGCAUGGUGUAUGGAUCGAAAGUAUCGCCUCAUUUACACAGGCCAUUAAAGAGUUUCUGCGCCAGCUGGAAAAUGAUGCGACCUUUAUGCUGCUCACAGUGAUCGAUGUGCAGAAUUCGGCGGGCAUCAAAAUGGUAGAAAUGUACCAUUGCAGCGAAAAGUAUCAUUUAAGCUCGAAGCUGCUAAAUAUUCAAGGUUCGUGCUCAAACACGAAGAAACAGCAGCCUUCGCCGCCCAAAUCGCCGGAAAAAACGUCCAAAUUUGUAGUUACAAACCCUAACACUUACAAACCGGUGCAUAUGAAUGAGCUUAUUGAUGCGGUGUGCUAUGAGGGCAAGGGAAUGGAAUUGGUGAUAACAAAUGCUUCGAACGCGUUCACCGAGAAUCUUUUGUGCGUGAUGACAAAACCGACCUACACGCAAUAUAAAAUAAUGAUAAAGGAGUGUGAGAUGUAUGGAAAAAUCGACCCAAACCCUUACGAACCCAAGGGCAAUGAGCUGUGCCUGGUAAACAAGGGCGGUAUUUGGUACCGGGCCGUAACCAUACAGUCACCGGGCCAGAACACCGUUACGGUGUUUCUAGUGGACGAGGGAAUCAUCGACGAUGGUGUCGAUAGUCAAAUCCGGCGUUAUCCACCCGGUUUGACGCGACACCAGUUCGCUAUUGAGUGUGUGUUGGAAAACCCCACUUUCCUGCUGGAUGCGAUAGGUGGAAAUGAGGAGAACGUUGAUACGGUGUGCGGCAAAUUGAUAAAAGCAGACAUCUAUUCAUCACAAGAUGAAGACAUGUGUGACACUACUCAUAUCACUAUUUUGGAAAUUGGGAAAUAAGAAUGGCGUAUGCGGGGUGAGCAUCAUGCUAAUUUACAA